AUGGGAGAGAAAAUUCAGCAGUUGAAAUCGUGCAUUCUAGACUUAAGAAAUAAAAUCGAGGUUGCAGAAGAGAAAAUUCGAAGGGCGACGAAAGCUUUGGGGAUAAAACAACGGAGAUGUGAAAUGUUAUGGGAAGACGCCACAUAUAAACGCCGAAAGCUUGCAAUUAAAAAAGAAAAGUUGAAGAAGACGUACGAAGAUCUGGAGGCUAACCAUUCGAAACUGAAACAAGUGGACGAAUUACUCUACACAAAUACCAUGGUUAUCAAUAAGCUCAAAGACCUGGAGACGCGCAACACUCAAAAAAAUUUUUCGCUAGAAGUUUUCUUGAAAAAAACACGAGCGAAAGCUAACGAACUUGAAAACAAAGCAAGCGACCUCAAGACACAAGCUAAAUACUAUAGCCGGGAGAUUAAAACAGCAAAUUUCAUCGAAAUGAGAGCGCAGAGGAAAUGCAGCGAUUUGGAAAGCAAGCUUGUUGCAAAAAAGAAUCUUUUGGAACGACUGCGUGUAAAGCACGAGAGAUUUUACGAAGAAGAAAAAGAUCGUAUUGUUCAAGCACACGCGCUGGGUGAGAAAAUCAAAGAGAGUACUAUACGAGCUGAAGCUGCUGAGAGAAGGUUGUAUUUGCUUGAAAAUAAAGUUUCAAAUCUGCGACAAGAGCUUUACAAGCAAACAGGGGAAGCUAGGAAAAUGUUCGUGCUGAAAAACGAACUAGAACACUUAUCCCUUGAAUAUUAA